AUGAUUGAAAACGAUGGCAAGACUCCCUUUCCACGGAUUUCCAAGCCCAUAGAACAUAUACGAGAUUCGUACGACUGUGUUGUCAUCGGUUCUGGUUAUGGAGGCUCCAUAGCUGCGUCGCGCAUGGCUCGAGCAGGCGAGUCUGUCUGCCUGCUAGAGAGAGGGGAAGAGAGAUGGCCAGGAGAGUAUCCCACGGGGACGAUUGACACGAUGAAACAGUAUCGCGUUACUGGAGACUUGAUUCCAAGUUCUUUAGGUGGCGUCGGCGUCAACAUGGGCAAUCCAACGGGCAUGUUCCAUCUCAUUCUUGGCCACGAUCAGAAUGUUAUUGCUGGAAAUGGCUUGGGUGGCGGAAGCCUGGUCAACGCGAAUGUAUUUCUCGAAACAGAACAUGACAUUCUCAAAAUGGGAUAUUGGCCACCAGAGAUUCGAGACAACCCGGCGGGCCUUGGUAAAUAUUACCAAAAGGUUCGAGACGUGCUUGAGCCAGAGCCGUAUCCCGAAAACUGGCCGAGCCUCAAGAAGAUGGAAGUAUUCAACGAUCAGGCAAAAACUCUUGGACUGCAAGACAAAUUCCGCAGAGUUCCCUUGACAACCCGCUUCCGAAACGGCCCCAACAGUUGCGGCGUCAACAUGUCAGCGACAACACUUGCUGGACAAGAAACCACUGGUGUCAACGAUGGCUCGAAAACUUCGACGUUGGUGACAUACAUCGCCGAUGCCUGGAACUGGGGUGCCGAAAUGUUCUGCAAAUGCGAAGUGCGGUAUAUCGAAAAGGUCCAGGACGAUCGCGGCGGCUACUUGAUCUACUUUGCCUGCCACGGCAAAGGCCGGAGUCGUUUCGCAGCAGGCAAUGUCUAUGGCGACUUGAUGUGGGUGCAUGCAAAAAGGGCCCUCUUCCUCGGUGCUGGAUCCAUCGGCACAACAGAAAUCCUGCUUCGGAGCAAGCACAUGGGCCUGAGUAUGAGCGAUUGGGUUGGUCGUUCAAUGAGCGGUAAUGGCGACGUUUUGGCUUUUGGACACAACUGCGACGUGGAAGUAAACGCUCUCGGAAACCCAGACCAAGAUCCUUCAAAUCCCGUCGGUCCAACGAUAACGAGCGCUAUUGACAAUAGAAAAGGCCAUGACAACCCACUAAAUGGCUAUGUUAUCCAAGACGGCGCCAUGCCGCAAGCAUUCAAAGAGAUAAUGCCUUGUAUACUGGACAUGAUGCCUGGAAGCCGAGCCUACGAGAUGUCGCUCCUUCAGCGAACUUGGGCUUUCAUGGGCCAUUGUAAGAAGGCUCUAUUCGGCUCGAAUCCGGAAAGUGGUCCUCUGGGAAACACUCAAGUCUUUUUAAUCAUGUCGCAUGAUGGGAACCAAGCAACUUUGUGUCUGAAAGACGACAAGCCGUAUUUGGAAUUCCAAGGAGUCGGGAAAAGCGACCGAGUUAAGAAGCUCAACGAUCUUUUGGAAAGGGCCACGGCUUCUGUUGGCGGUACGCUGUCGCUGACUCCUUUUUACAACUUUAUGAGCGAACAACUGAUUACCGCACAUCCUCUUGGGGGAGCACCAAUGUCUCGGGACAACACUGGAGCCCAUGGCGCGACAAAUCACCUAGGCCAAGUUUUCAUUGGCAACGAUACCGCAGAGACUCAUGCCGGCCUCAUCGUAAUUGAUGGUGCGCUCGUUCCUGGAUCUAUUGGUGUGAAUCCGUUUGCUACCAUUGCUGCUCUCGCCGAACGCACUAUCGAGGCGUAUGCUAGAGACAAUAAUCUUGUGAUUAGCGAGGAGAAGAAUGGCAUUUUGGAUCUCUUUGGGAAGCCGGCGCAUCAGCCAAGGGGUCGGUGCCCUUUAACCACUCUCCAUGGCAAGGUUCCCAAAAAGACGACAGGCAGAGCCAAAAUGUCCAGAUCAAAAACCGUCGAGUUUGCAGAACUCAUGUCUGGAUUCAUCCACAGGACCCAGCUGGAUGUGGCAGCUGAUAAGAAGGCGGCGUAUGAAUCGGCAUUUCGAGCAGGAAAGGGCAAAGGCGAGAUUGGUAGAUUGUUGGUCAGCGCAACUGUCUUUGAGGGCCAUGAUAUGAGAGAUGAAACCCGGCCUAGCGGCAUUUUUACAGGCACCUUUGUCUGCCCAUCUAUCCAAGGUUCCCCAUUCAUGAUCCCUCAGGGUGAUUUGGGAUUGUUCAAGAAGGAUCGAGAAAUCACAGGAACCAGCAGAUUGACGUAUGAAGGCGACAUGGUUGGCGGCAACGGCAGACGGCUUCACUUUUCUGGAUAUAAGCUGGUUGAUGCCUCUGUCUCUCUGAGCCCUCUUCAGAUGUGGCGCUCCACGACGACCUUGUACGUUACAAUAACAGAAAGAGUCGCCCAUGGAGCAACAAAGAUUGCAAAUCAUCAUCAGGAUGCCUUCGACGACAAUCUCAGCAUGUAUCAGGGGACUCCUAAUUCAGCCGAUGAGAAACUCGUUGCAAAUGGCAUCUUGCGUUUGCGCCCAAAGGAUCUCGUCUCCGAGAUGAUGACACUCUCUGCCUCGGGCAAAGAUGUCCUGAGCAAAGCGAAAAAUAUGACAAACUUCUUGACCUUCUUCGCCUCCAAAUCCGCAUCACACCUGUUGACGCCACUUGCUCCCCUUGAGUAUACGGAUGAGGGAGCCGUGUUGUACGAGAAUCAUACAUCGCCGACCCAGACAUUUAGAGUCGUCUCUGAAGACGGCGUCGAAACGCAGCUGCACAUGUGGGAGCCAAAUCCGAACGCUGUUGCCACCGACUCAAACGGAGUGCCCGUAAAGAUUGAGAAUCUCUUCAUGAUUCCAGGCGCAUCUGUUGACCAUCAAAUAUUUGCAUUACCCACUAUUCCGUUCAAUGCUGUUAAUUACUUUGUUAGAGCCGGUUACCGUGUUUGGGUAACGGUUCAUCGCAUAUGCCAGCUGGAAUCAACGCAUAGACAGCCCUGGACGACAUACGACUCGAGGCUCGAUAUCAAGGCCUGCUACGAGCAUAUCCGGAGAACCCAUGGAACCGGCAAAGUCUAUACCAUUGCUCACUGCAUGGGAUCAGUCGCGUAUUCUUGUGGCCUCCUCGACGGUACUAUCCCAUCUGAGUGGGUUUCGGGAAUCACUUGCAGCCAAGUAUUUAUGAACCCUAUAUGGGCCACUCUGAACAUGAUCAAGGCCACGUCGCCACUGGCGUUGGACAAGGUAUACAAGUCUGUUUUUGGAGACUGGUUCGAGAUUGGGUCGUCUGUCCAAGAUCCCUGGUCCCAGAAGCUUUUGAACCAGCUGUUGCGGCUUCACCCCGAAAGAAAGGAAGAAAUGUGCAAGAAUGCCGCCUGUCAUCGCACAACAUUGGUGUACGGCCGUUGUUGGAGCCAUAACAACCUCAACGAGGCGACUCAUCGAAACGUUGACCGCUUUUUCGGCGGAUGCAGCAUGCAUUUAACUAGUCUCCUGAAACGGAUGGGAAGUCGAGGAGAAGUCAGCACCAAUGAGCCCGAGUAUACAGAGCUCACGACACCAGAAAACAUCGAGCGCCUACGCGGUCUCCCAUUCCUGUUCUUUGUUGGCGGAGACAGCGCCGUUCUCUCCCCAAGAGCUACAGAGACGACGUAUGAGCGCUUGAUUGAUACAUUUGGCAUGUCCGCUGGCCUUCCUGGAGGAGACAUCCAGUAUCGCCGGAGAGUCGUGCCCGGCUAUGGGCAUUUGGACUGCUGGAUGGGGCGCAAUGCCUGGAGAGACGUAUAUCCGUUUGUACGUGAGGAGAUUGAUCGAGUUGUCCGAGGCGAGUCGUAUAGAUUUCGGGAACCGAAUGAUAGGUUCAAACAAUUUGCCGAGGGGAGGUGA